GUAACGGGUCGCAGGUGUAAACAAGUGUCCUGUCGAAAGAAGUCCAGUCGGUCCAUUCUGUGUCGAUAUUGUUAGUUCACAAGGCCAGUGUUAAUCUGCCCUAGAUGUUACUAUGGCAGAUGGCGGUCCUUCUCCGGAACUGGACGAACACCUACUGGAGUGUCCAAUAUGUCUGGAGCGACUUCGACAACCCAAGUCCUUACCCUGCCUACACUCUUUCUGUCAGGAAUACCUCAGGACCUACAUCACCAAGGAACUGUCUGGAAAAAUGGCGUCGGCAACAUCGUUCCCCUGUCCCGUAUGUAGGAGAAUGACCCAGACCGUCAAUCAAACGGAAGCUAAGGACAAAUGGGCAGAACAGUUCCCGACUAAUGCUGUGGUCCAGGACCUUAUCCAGCUUAAGGAACGUUCGUCUGAACCACUGUACUGCAAGCCAUGUCAGACAAGAGAUAACCUGACCAAUCUAGCGAAAUUCUGGUGCAAGUCGAUGAACGCAAAUUUUUGUGAGUCUUGUAAGGUUCAAUUUCAUGAUAUCAUACACAAUGAUUGUGAUAUCUUAGAUAUCACCAGAUACGAUAGCAGGGGAACCAAACAGAGCAGGUCAGUCCCGAAAUGUGACCAACACCACAAGAAAUUAAUUUGGUACUGUGAAAACCACAAACGUCUUGGUUGCAACAUAUGCAUGAUCAAAGACCACAGACGUUGUGGUGAGGUGACAACGGCGAUGGAAUAUUUACAGAAGUUAAAAGCCGGUUCACAACUAGAAGAGAUGGAGAUGGCACUGAAGAAAGGAACACAGGCUAUGACGUCAUUGGUGAAGGAUUUUGACGAGCAGAUCCAAACCAUGGUCCAAAAUCAGGAAAUCGCACUGCAAAGCAUCAAGGAUCUGCGCCAAAGUGUCGAAGAACAGCUGAACAAACUUCAGAAGGACGUCACUGAUAAGUUGAUUACAUUGUUUAAAGAGGAGAAGGGGAAUAUAGAGGCCUCGUUACGACAGUGUGAACGUCUGAUAAACAGUAUGGUUAAUACCAUGAAGCUGUCCGUGACUGCCGCAGAGGGGAACGACGCUAUUGAGGCGAUAGUGUUGUAUCAGAGAGGACAGGCAGAAGUGGAGUCGUGUAAGGUCCUGGUCAAGGAAAUAAGCAAGUCAUUCACGUCCGUUAUCAUUAACCAUCAUAUUGUUCCCAGACUGGAAACCCUUGGCGAUGAGGCGAUGGGGAAGAUCGUCAUCGAGAGACAACGCCGAUGUUUUCCUGAUGAUCUUAAUUACCUGUCCGUACCUUUGUCAGAGCGUAAUGUGACAAAAAUAGGGAAGUUUAACGUAAAGACUCCGUCAGAUAAAAAUGAUUGUUUGAUAUGGGGAGUUGUGUACCUUCCUUAUGAACAUAUAUUACUUAGUGAUUACAACAACAAGAAGCUUAAGCUGUUUACAGACAAAGGACAGGACCUGGACGAGUUGAGCAUUCGUGGAUGUCCCAGUGAUCUUUGUCUGGUAAACAACAAUACCAUGGCCGUCGCUGUCACCAGUCCUAGUGGUGUCCGUGUCGUGAAAGUCGAGGAUUCAAAACUCUCCCUGUUGUCUGAGAUCAAUAUGCCGAAUUGUAAAGACUGUUAUGGUAUAACAUAUACAGACGGUAGGUUUAUCGUGGGUACAGGUGGAGGAGACGUAUACAUUGUGACACAGAACGGAGCGACUGAGUUGUUAUACAAGUAUAACAAUGUCUGUUAUUUCCUCACACAAGAUCCAGUAAAGGGAGACACACUCGUCAGUGUCAAUAAUUACAAUACGGGGAACGUCGCGGUGUCCAGACUGUCAGCUGACAAACGUCACACGGAUGUGAUGAAGGUCGGUGUCGUGAGAAGUGCUAUUGGAAUAGACGUGGACAGGGAGGGUAACAUCUACGUGUGUGGUUAUAGUUCACACAACGUCGUGCAGAUGUCAGGGGACGGGGCACACGUCAGGGAACUGCUGACGUCAAUGGAUGGAACGGAAUAUCCACGGGCAAUAGCUGUUCAUGGCGACACGUUUGUGGUCACUUCUUUGGGUUCUGCAGAGCAACGUAAUUCUAUCUGUAUAUUUCAACUCUGCUAAAUGUAAUACAGAUGCACACAUGAUUGCGUUGAUCAUGUGGCGUGUAUAUGUACUAACAUAGUCAAACAAACAAUUAAUAAAAAACAACAACAUUGCAGUCACUAUGGUUGUGUGAAAUACAUUUUCUGAACUGUACAUAUAUUUGCUUUCUUACCGGAUAUUUUGUUGAUUUUUAUCACAUAAGAAAAAAAGACAGUAAGAACUUACUAACUGUCAAAAAUAAUGAUUACACAUGAAAGAGAGACAUUCAUUAUAUCUGAUUUAUUAUUAUUAUUUUGUUUCCAAUUUGAUGAAAAUCUGACUUAGUUUGUAUCACGUUUAAUCAACUUAAUAAAAACUAUCGCAUUGUUUGAAGUUGUUUUAAUUUCUGUGGUCCUGUUCGAAUACCAUCAUUGUGUAAAAAUUGGAGUUUUACUGAAA